UUUCCGAAAAACUUAAUAAAGUUAAGGUAAAUAUGUACAGCCUACAAGUGCAACUUCGGCUGAAUUUUUGCUGACUUUAUGCAGGCCUACACACAUGUACCAUGGAAAAUGUAUCCACACAUCACCAAAUGUAUCCACACAUAAAACACCCCGUCCUCUCUUUUUUGCAGACAGCGUGAUCAUGGUCAGGAAUUACAAACGAACAACCACCCGGGGACAGUAUGGAAAUGAAUCGCUAGGGCUGACCCUGCGGUCAGUUAGCACUGGCACACCCCUUCUAAUGGCGGCCAGGGAGUUUAACAUUCCGGCUAGGACCCUGCGUCGCCACAGGGAUGGUAAAGUCGCCAAUCCCGGAGUCUCACAGCUAGGCAGGCAUCGAAUCGUUCUUUCCACUGACGUCGAGAGAGAGCUCCAUCACCAUGUGCAGUACAUGGAAAAGGUAUUGUAUGGUCUGGCCACCACAGACGUCAGACGGCUGGCUUAUAACGUGGCCGAAAAACGUAAACUCAACCAUCCCUUCAGCCACGAAAAAAGGAUGGCCGGGAAAAAUUGGCUGUAUGGUUUCCUGUCGCGCCAUCAAGAUUUAAGCAUAAGAGCGCCUCAGGGAACAAACAUUUCACGUGCUGUUGGGUUCAAUAAGCCUAAAGUCCAGCAAUUCUUUGGAGUGUACCGCCAAUUGCUGGAAACACAAGACUUCACCCCUGCUCGUGUUUGGAAUAUGGACGAAACCGGAAUCACAAACGUCCAUAAACCAGGGAAAGUUUUGGCCACCAAGGGCAUCAGACAAGUUGGUAAGAUGACCAGUGGCGAAAGAGGGAAAACGGUGACAGUCAUAUGUGCCAUGAAUGCCACAGGGGUAUAUGUGCCCCCGAUGAUGAUUUUUCCAAGAAAGAGGAUGGUGGACGCAUUGAUGAAUGGUGCACCACCACAGGCAGUUGGAUACGUGAGCCCAAGUGGAUGGACCGAUUCGGACCUCUUCGUUAAGUGGCUAGAACACUUUGCGUCUUUCACAAAUGCCACACGCGAUAUCCAGCAUAUCAUCAUUCUGGACGGACACCACAGCCAUAAGACCUUAGCAGCUGUGACCUUUGCAAGACAACAUGAAAUCAACUUGCUAACCCUCCCCCCACACAAUAUACACAAGAUGCAACCUCUGGAUCGCACCUACUUUAAAUCUUUAAAGACUGCAUACAAUGCUGCAGCGGACUCCUGGAUGGUGGCAAAUCCAGGUAAACGCAUAUCCUUCUUUGACAUUGCUGGGAUUUUUGGAAAAGCUUUCCUCCGGUCGGCCUCCUCAGAAAAAGCCGUGCAUGGCUUCCUCACAUGCGGCAAUUGGCCAUAUGACGAGAACAUCUUUUCUGACGAUGAUUUUGCACCAUCGAUGGUUACUGAUCAGGAUCAGCCCGCUAGUGAUGUCCCAUCCGUGUCAGCGGUACCGUCAACUGAUGACUCCUCCGACGAUCAAGCAACAAAUAGUGUAGCGGCACCUUGUGCGGCAUCUGAUGCCCCACUCCCUGAAGAAAACGCGCCUCCACCUAUUGUUGAAGUAGUUCGGGCUGCAGUUGACCAUCCCCUAACCAUCGCAGACCCCCCAGUUUCUCCAGAUGACAUACCUGAUGCUGUUGCAGGUCCAUCCACUGAUAGCUCAAGCCAAAAUGCAAGUAAGUACAUUAAACUGAAGCAGUGAUAAUGAUGGGAAAACUGCUGCUGCUUUAAUCCCCCAAAUCUGACCAAGGAUGGCCCUGGACAGUUAUGCA